GGGGAGCUGAUCUGGGGACCUGCAGAUUACACCUGUCCGCACUAGCUUCUCAGACGUUCCAGGUGAAGUGUCUCACUCCGCUUCACACAGGAAACCAGACUCUGCUUGCUGCUGCGCUUAGAACCAGUUAUUCUUCUACAUGAGCGCGAGAUGGGAAUGAAGUUGGCUCCCGCUGAGCUGGCUCUCGCCGCCCUCCUCCUGGCGGCCUUCUGCCCCGUCGGCCCCUGCUUGGAGGUCAACCACGCGCCGACCCAGGAGUCCGCCGGCCCGGAGGACCGCGGGGCGCGCAUCGGCAUCCACAGGAUCACGCGCACGACGACCACACACCUGUUCACCGUCACGUCCACCGCCGUCGCCUUCUUCACCUGCUCCAAGAUACACAGGGGCUAUGAUUACGGCCGUGGGCUCAAGCUCAACUUGAAACGGAGGGCGGUGUUAGCCAGCGUUGCUCCUGACGAGUUUCAAGAACCCAAGAUUUUAUAUUCCUCACAAGACGAUGUCGAAACUCACCCAAGCAGGCUCAUUAGGAGUUCUCUUUUCGAAGAUGAAAUCCAAGACAAGGUGAUUUCCUCGACCGCGCAUCCGGCCGAGGACAGGGAAAACAAGAUGUUUACUAUUGUAAGACACUUCAGCACCACUUCCACAUUCACGACUGUUACUACGUCCACGGACUAUGGCCAGACUGUGACACUUAUCUACGAAGACCAGGCCCCCGACGACGCCCCCCUGGUCCCUGAGUGUUAACCGACGACCAGAGAAAGCGAUGUGCCAGCGCUUCGCUUGGAAACGUUUGGUUGAGGAUGAACAUGAUUGAUAUAUUGUCAAGUUGCUUCUCGCAAGACAGACAACACACUUAUUAAUUUACUUAUUUAAUAUUUCUUUAUAUAAAAAGGCAUACA